GUGCGGUCUGUCUCCAUGUGCGCAGCGGGCAACUUGAAAGCCCUUUUCUUGCAUUUUGCAAAGCAUCAUUCAAUAUGUCCCAUUUUCCUCCUGUGGGAUUUACUAACUCCCAGACAGCUAGAAACCCUCAGGAAGUGCAAAUUGUCUGAACCAAUCAUUCGGAGGAGGAGAUGCUUGAGGAAGCACCUGGUUGGGUUCCUUCUGCCGAGAACCACAAUGUGUCACGUGACACCCACCCCCAAUAAAGUAGCUUAACGCCUGAACUUUAUCUGCCCACAUCUACAUUUUCAAGGUGCUAAUCUUCAGCUUUUGCUAUUUAAGUUCUUUUUAAUUCUUAAUCGCUCCGUGGUUGCUUCAGGGCUCACUGAAACAGUUAACCAAACACUCACACGAGGCAGCCGUUUCGCUUUCUGCGCUUGUUGUUUUUGGCACUGGGUCAGUUCUAUGAACUUCUGGUGUCCAACUGGUAGGACCUGAAACUCUGUGUUUAACAAGUGCCUGUAGUCAAAACAGUUGGCGUGUGGAAGCGAACGGAGCUGGUACUCACUGCAGCCGAUCAGCCGUCGGGUCGUGCACUGUGCAGAAUACGGAAUCAGAGAGAAGACACAGUUCAAUGUGCAGGCCUUCUCCCUCUCCAGCAGCGUCUCCAGCCUCCAAUCCCCGGACAUCACUAGCACAGGCAAAGACAAAAGCCUGUGUCAGCGGCCAUAACGCUGUCAGCAGCACCUCAAAGCCAUUUAAAACGCCCAAAGACAAUCUACUUACCUCCAGCAGCACACAGCACACAGUCUUCUCUGCAAAGGGACCAAGGGAUAAACCAUGCGUUCCAGUUCCCGUAGUCAGUUUAGAGAAAAUCCCUAACCUAGUGAAGGCAGACGGUGCCAAUGUCAAAAUGAACUCUACAACCACUACCGCAGCCACUUCCUCCUCCUCCUCUGCCGUCUCCACCCCACCUUUAAUUAAGCCCACCUUGAUGUCCAAGUCCGUGCCACCUUCACCAGAGAAGACCUUAAAUGGCAAGGGGACUCUGUCAGCCACCAUAGACAAGAAGCACCCAAAUGGCACCAAAAACAGCAACAAGCCUUACCGGAGACUUUCAGAGAGAGAAUUUGACCCAAAUAAACACUGUGGAGUAUUGGAUCCCGAGACAAAGAAACCUUGCACAAGAUCCCUCACCUGCAAGACACACUCGCUGAGCCAUCGGAGAGCAGUCCCAGGCCGGAAAAAGCAAUUUGACCUCCUCCUGGCGGAGCACAAAGCCAAGUCGCGGGAGAAAGAAGUGAAAGAGCACCUUCUGACUUCCGCUAGGGAGAUACUUCCGAACCCGCCUGGACCCGUGCCUGAUGCUCUGCAAGGAUCUUCCGGGAGCACGGUGGCAGAGCCAAAAGUAGCAUCCCCACCAAAAUCCAGGCCACUCAACUCUGUGCUUCCCAGACCAUCAUCUGCGAACAGCAUAAGCAGCAGUGCAUCUUCAAACCACAGCGGCUACACUCCAGAGCCCCCUCUACCCCCAGCUGGAGGCGACCUUGCCAGCCGACUGUCCAGUGAUGAAGGGGAGAUGGACGGAGCCGACGAAUCCGAGAAGUUAGACUGUCAGUUCUCCACGCACCACCCCAGACCUCUUGCGUUCUGCUCAUUUGGGAGUCGCCUCAUGGGACGAGGAUACUAUGUGUUUGAUAGAAGAUGGGAUCGAUUUCGCUUCGCACUGAACUCCAUGGUAGAAAAACACUUGAAUUCGCAGAUGUGGAAGCACAGAAGCCCGAGCCACCGGGCAUCAGGUCCCUCCCCUCUGUUCAGGACUUGCCUAACCAAUCUGCUGUCACUGAGCAACAUUGGGGCUGCCUGGGUGUCAACUCUGGAGAGCGUAGCACCCCGCUGCCCUCUCAACCUCGCUGCCCAAACUCCAGGCCCUGAAGGGCCCGAACCUGGAGGGAUGGCAGCCGAUGGGGCCGUGGAAGACAUUAGGAAGAAAAGGAACGGCCAAGACUCUUUUUUCUUUAACAAGCAUUUAACUCUGCAUCAGGAGACGCCAACACAGUAUUCUCUUUCAGCCAGGAAGAUCCCUCCUGCGGCAGAUAGCCCCAUGCCCUCGCCAGCAGCCCACAUCACCACCCCCGUUCCAGCAUCCGUUUUGCAGCCUUUCAGCAACCCCAGUGCUGUGUAUCUUCCUUCAGCUCCCAUCAGCUCGAGACUCACCUCUUCUUACAUAAUGACAUCAGCCAUGCUCUCAGACGCAGCUUUUGUGGCAUCGCCGGACCCACGCGUCCUCAUGUCCCACACCACAGCUUUCCCCCAUGUGGCUGCAACCCUGAGCAUCAUGGACUCAACCUUCAAGGCCCCAUCCGCCGUGUCCCCGAUACCAGCUGUCAUUCCUUCCCCAUCCCACAAGCCAUCCAAAACCAAAACCAGCAAAUCCUCAAAAGUGAAAGACCUGUCCGCUCGUAGCGACGAAUCUCCAAGUAACAAAAAGAGGAAGCCGCAGUCCUCUACUUCCUCCUCCUCCUCCUUAUCCUUGCAGGCUUCCCUCUCGUCUCCAUUGUCAGGGCCCCACAAAAAGAACUGCGUUCUGAAUGCCAGUUCCGCUUUGAACUCCUAUCAGGCAGCCCCUCCCUAUAACAGUCUGUCUGUGCACAACUCAAAUAACGGGGUAAGCCCACUCAGUGCCAAGCUGGAGCCCUCAGGACGGACCUCACUGCCCAGCGGCCCCAUGGACAUAGUGAGACAGGUGGGCGCUGUGGGUGGCAGCAGUGGCUCCUGUCCCCUCUCCGUGCCCUCCCUUGCACUCCAUGCAGGGGACCUCUCUCUGGCCUCACACAAUGCUGUGUCUUCUCUGCCCCUCUCUUUUGACAAAUCAGAAGGAAAAAAGCGUAAGAAUUCAAGUCCUAGUAGCAAAGCCUGUAAGAUCACUAAAAUGCCUGGUAUGAAUAGCGUUCACAAAAAGAACCCACCCAGCCUUCUUGCACCGGUGCCCGAUCCCGUUAACAGCGCCACCUCUCGGCAGGUAAGGGAGCUCCUGGCACUGCCUUCAUCGGCUCUGGGGGGCAGGGGGAGCUGGGCAGCGCCCUUGCUUGGCCAGGUGGCUCAGACAGGCAACACAAGCAUGUCUCCUUUUUCCGGGUUCCCCGUAGGCUCCGAGAGUUCUUGGUAGGACUUUGCUAAUCUCUAUGCCAAGCACUUUACACUCAUCACUUCCUUUAGUCCUCACAACAACCCAGGACAAAAUGGCCAGGGGUACAAAAUGGCCGUCACUUAACAGAUGGGUAAACCGAGGCACAAAGAGUCUCUGAGUUCCCCCAUUCCUUUUGAAUGUUUCAUACCUUGAGGUUUUAUACGAGAUCUAUUUCAUUAAAGAGUUGUGUUGCUAAGAA